CAUUCUCUGUGUGCAUGUCUAUCGAACGCUGCGUCGAGUAUGAAGCUGCGAGGAACUCUUCCUUUUUGUCUCUCCAUUUGCUAGGACCUAUGUGAUGUUCUAAUCGAAGUGAUGUCCUUCUUCGUCCGUAUUUAUUGAAACCAGCCACUCUGCGGUUCCGUGGAGCGUUGAUCCGUGGUUAAUCCCAAACGUACUAUGGAUGAUACCUGGAAAGUCGACUUAGAGAUCGCUUUACUUGAGGAUGCAGAUCUCUCUCGCAUACGUUCUAUCUGUGCUAACCGUCCGCUUCCCCCGAAUUCUCGGCCGUCCGUGUGGCGUGCUUGUCUCGCUCCGGAACUUCGACCCACAGAGAUGGUGAACUUUGACGAGACCUUCCGCUUGCCGAACCAAGACCAGUUGCAUUCCGAUUGUGAACGGGCUGCCACUGAGUUGGCAUCUGCCCUGAAUGCACACCAUUCGCUGCAAGAGACACCACCGGGGUCUAUGUGGAGCGCCUCGGAUUUGGAUGAUGAUGACGACGACGACAAUCUCAUUUUGCCCAAUUCGCAUGAAUCAGACUCAGAUCAGACGGCGACAUCAGUUGAAAAGCUUACCAGUGAACUCGAAUCAUGCCUCACAAAUUUCGCACGAGUCCACUCUCUUCCUUAUAAACAUGAGGAGGGAUGGGUCUCGAUCAUUCAUGUGUUAUACUCCGUCCUCAAACCAGUCGAUCGAUAUGAUCUGUACGGCUGUUUUGUCGCUGUGUGUCGGCGUUUCAUUCCAAUCCAAACUCAAGUCUCUUCUCACCUGUCUGGCGCGUUUCGUUUGAUGUUGCAGUAUCACGAACCCAAAUUGUGCAGCUUAAUGGACUCACUGAAAUUGGACCCAGAUGUGUAUGCCACCAUAUGGUUCCGUAGUUUAUUUACGCGAGCGAAUCUGACAGAAGAAACGCUGCUCUCACUGUGGGAUGCCUACUUUCUGGUUUCAGACCCAUUGCUUGGUUUAUUCAUCACUUUGGUGCUACUGGUCAAUGCGAAGCCCAACUUUUUCCCCGAAACUGCCACAGUCCAGAGUGGUGAUGGCAGUGUGUUGUCCGCUGAGACGCAGUCCACUCUUUCUCCAAAUCCACAAAAACUAGAACGAGACGAUGUACUGCAUGUAUUGCUCGAUCUUCCCAAGCCGAUGCAACCGGAUGAUAUUGUUCCUCUACUGGAGCUUGCACAGUUUUUCGCCAAGCGCACACCGACCCUUUUCCGCACACGCGCUCUGUCGCUCUUGUUCGGCAACGCCACACCGAAUACCGCUGAACGCCUCUUCACCGACUCACUUUGCUUAUAUGUCUCCGCAGAAGAGAUCCUACAAUCCCAUCAGAUCAUCCGGAAGAGCGAUGCAAAUCGACCAGCUGACGCUGUUGAAGAAGAAUUAUUGAAAUCUAAUCUGCGUUACUUGCUGGUUGAUUGCCGACCAGCUGAACAAUACAACGCAGGACACCUGCCUACUGCUUUUUUCUUGGACUCUGAACUUAUGCUAACUGACCCCGCUCUCUUCCAGAAUGCUGUCACAGCUCUUCUUCAGGCGCAGCACCGCGCUAUCAACGCCGGAUCCCAAGUGGCCGGGGAACAUAUCGCGCUGCUCGACGCAGGUUGUUCAACUGCAAAUCGAAUAACUGACAUGGUAGCGGCUGUCUUCCUUCGCUUGCACACGCCCUACGUGAGUUUGGUCGAAGGUGGCUACAUGGCGCUGCAUUGCCUGUUGAAGCCCUACGGCGUCGAUCGAGGCCUUAGCAGCCACGACUCCAACCGGUGCUUCUGUUGUUUGGAUGAAUCUUCUACUGAAUCUUCUACUGAAGUAGUCCAGUCAUUCAACACAGCAAAACCCCUCAUUUCUCGGCUCACAACUGCAAUAACGGGCACCACAGUACCAGUUUCGACAUCCAAACAUCAUCCGGUUAAGGCACUUACUGGCUUAUUGAAUAGAUUCUCUGGAAAACUCUCCGUCAUGUAUAACUCACCUACAAAGAGAGAUUCGAAGCAAACAACACCUUCAGUCAAAUCUCCUGAGGGUGCUAGAUUAGUUUCAAAGGGUAUGAAAAAUAUGGUCAACCCUCCGAACGACAGCCCACUUUCUUUUCUGUCGGAAGUGCCGCCCGAUAAACCCAUGUCGUACAGGAACACCACAUCGGUCUUCAGCAUCGACGAUGACGUCGACGAAGAGGACCUUGAUCCGACCGGGCUGGUAUCCAGUGCGGACGACUUUCCCCGAUCACAGAAUGAUUCAUUUGUGCACACAUCAAAACGGCCACACUGGCUCAAUCGUUGGUACGCACCACCGGGUCAGGAUAACAAAACUUUUCCUCCCGGGGAUAUACCCGAACGCCCUGGCGGAUUAGACAGCAGUGAACCAGGAGAUUUGCUGGAUAUAAGUCAAUGGUCUCAUCGUCCCGAGGUGCGUGGGGUAUUCGAGUGCCGCUUCGUCGAUCCGUCAGGUCGAAUUGCAGACAGCGGUUACCUGGUUCUGGUAGAGAGACAUUUGUUGCUUCUGAGCUCCCACGACCGUCGUCCCUCAGAACGUUUGUUCGCUUCUCUUGAGUCAGCGAUCAAUUCCGUCCUCCCAAUUCGCUCAUCACUGUCACCGAUUUCGGUGAGUCCUCGUGCCUCACCUAUCAAGCGUGCAGUCGUCUUGCGGUCAAUUCAUCUCGCCCUAAUAACACGCAUCACUUCAAACAAACGAAUCCCUGAAUGCAUCACUUUCCACUAUUCUGCUACGGAUCCGACCGAGUUGCUGCUUCUCAACGGACAGACUAUGGGAGUCCGGGAUCGAUUGUACAUUCCUCAAGCCGGAGAGGCGGUCAGAAUGAUAAAAAUGGCCGUGUUCAACACCACUCAAACUUACGCCGCAGCAUAAUAUACAUAUCAUCCGAGCUUGCACCGAAUUUUGGAAUGCGGUUUUGUGAACAAUUUUCCAUCGCUGGUUUUUUCAGAGUAUAGUCUUUCAUCUAUCUCUUGGAUUACGAACUUCUUCAUCCCUACUGCCACUGUACUUUUCAUUGUGAUUUAUCUAUUCAGUCAAGUAUUACGCAAAUUCUUAUCUAUUCUAUAUUUUCUUUUUUGCCAUACCCCCAAGUCUGCAUUGCCGACGUGGCGCUUCAAGCACGAGAUGGCCCAUACCCUCACAUAAAUUUCAUAGCGUUACAGAGGGACCGUUGUCUACUUGUAAUCCAUUUUGCCCCCCCCCCCACACUUUUCUUUUCCAUUAUCCACACCUGCCCCUUGCACACCAUGGUUUACAUAUUAAACAUCAUCGUUCGCUAGUUUUCACUUGAUUUGAUCCUUGUUUGAAUAACCAAUUAGUCUGAGAGGUU